UCGUAAUCGACCUUAUCGACACCACAUUAAGAGUACAAGCCCUGGCCAUACACAGGCGGUAGCGUGCUUUAUGACCUGAACACCAGUGUAUAAGACCGCUGUCUGCCAGGUCAAAUAUUACGAGAGGUAGCAACCCUCAGUUUAAUCUCCGCCUUGAUAGCUAGAUUUUAAUCCACCCAGGCUUACCCUCCCAUCGUUUUUCUCCAUUACCUACCUCAUUUGAGGACUCUAUAUUUAUAACCAGCAGUAGAUUGUGAAGCGCAUGAGGCGCAUGGUGUGGAAAGGACGGCAGACAGGCAGCAUUGUUUAUGAUCUGCGGGUCCUAGGUCAGCUGGUGCAGUACUCUUCUGUUCGUGGCUUUUAGAAAGAUGGCCGUGUUGAUGCUUUUGCUGCUUAGUGUGUGUUGUGGGUCCGCGGGAAUCCACAUAUUCUGCUUUCAUAUUUGAGUGAAAAUAAGAUUCACUGACUUGGGAUCAUCAUCAUGUCAUCAUGCCAUAGUCUUCUCUUCCUUUUUCCUUUCCCCUGUCGGCAAAUUUGUUUUUAAGAAAGUUGUUUUCAUGCAUCAGUGCAGUGGCAUAAAUGUAUUAUCGCGCAUGGGAGGAGUUGUUGCUAAGGUCUGCAGGACGAUUUUUGUGGAAUCACCGAUGUGAUUAAGUUUACUUUCCGAUUUAGUGACUGGUCGUUUGCAUGUACCAUUUCUUUACCUUUUGCCGAAGUGAGGGUACUCCCGUUGCACGAUAUGUGAACUGCUUAAACUCAACACCAAGUGCAUCAGUUACAGCAGAGAGGUAUAACGUCUCUGGUUACAGCAAGUGUCUUUGUUAGGUAGCAGGGCACCCGUUUUCUGGCCUCAGGUUUUAGUCUCCCGUAUGCAAGAGACAAAAGGCGUUACAGCAACUUAGAAAUGAAAGGCAGUUUGCUGUAUCAGCCUCCUGUGGUUGUAGGAAGAAGGAUUCAUUUUCCAGUAUUCCCAGACUUUCCUCAAACUUAAUGGGACCGAAGUAUGAAGUGAGGAUACUUCGUUACCCGGGGGGCGAAAUGGGUAAAUCAAGGACAAGCGUGUUGCCACCGCAAAAAAAAAAAAAAAAAAAAAAAUUGUAUCUUUGCCGUUGCUGUAUAACUACGCCGCCAGGGUUUGGACACCGCUUUAUAACUACGAAAAUAAGAUGAAUGUCCAUGAUUUCCACAUCUUGCCUCUGGACAACGAUGCAUGAGGCAAAUAUACUAUAAUGACAUAUAAUGACGUUUGCUCUACGUUUAGCAGGUUUGAUUUUGUGUACAUUCGAUGCCGUGAGCUAGGUUGUAUUGGUUGUAGUGUCGUUGAACCGUGUACUAGCCAUGUGGUCAGCGGACCUGUACUAGGAGCGAUUGGCUGACUUGCAUUGGAAAAUAUUAAAAGGGGCUUGUGAUUUUGAAAGGGCGGGCGUGGGAAAAGCCUAGUUUUUCUCGUAGCAGCUCUCGCUGGCACUGCUGGCUUGGUCAGAUGAAAGAAAGCAAGGCUUUCGUUUUGAUUGCAGCAGCUACGGCCCAGCACGUCGCUACCGCUGCGUCCGCCGCAGACCAAUCAAUAGGCUGUUACUGAACUGUGGGCAGUGUGGACCAGCCUGCAGACAAGUGGCCUUUUCUGUCUUCUCAGUACCGCAACAGCACGCCGUCCCUCGCCUUUUUCACAGGCUGUUUGUAACUUCUGGCAUUGUUUCAUUGGCAAACGACGAGCUUUUGGUUGAUGCCGGCGAUGUGUGAUCGUGCAUACGCUGCUGCUGCCAGGCCACCCGAUCAUGCAGCCCGAGCCAAGAGUCGCCGCCCUUGGAAGUGGCCGGUAGUGUAGAGCGGGCCGCCUGACGCAAAUUGUGGGAAAUAAUGUCCCAGUGGAGGAAGUGGCUGGACCUCGCAGACAAGGGCGAUGCCGUUUCGGAGGGUGGGCACUCUGACGAUUCUCUGGGAGAUACAGCCGAGGACGAAGAAGAGGAAGAGGGACAAGAGGAAGAAUCGGGUUCAGAAGACAACAUCGUGUGUUUCGGUCUGGGAGAAGAUGAUAGCGACGAAGUUGCGGAGGAUGAAACAGAUGGCAACUUGCUAAAAGAUGACUUGUUUGGGAAAAGAGGAACAGGUGCUACAGGUAACAGCAGCCUGUGUGAAGAAAAUGAUAAUAGUUUUGAAGAUGAUGAAGAUGAUCCUGUCCAAUGUGAAACUGAUGCCGACACAAACAUUAUAUGUAGCUCAGCCACUGUGGCCAUGGUAGGAGCAGAUAAUCGAGCAGUAUAUGCCCUGAUGCAAGAGCUUGAUCAGGAAAGGAGCUCAAUAUUGAAAGAGAUUGAAGCUGAAGAGCAGCACAGAAAAUGGUUUUAUCGGCAACUAGAGCACAUCAGCAAGAAGUUGGAAAACCUGCCACUUAAAGAAACAUAUAGCUUGCAGACAGAUAUGGCCCGGCGUCAACUGGAGUAUGAAGCACAACAGGUAAGGAGUGCUAUGACAGAGAAGCUUGGCACCACUGAGCAGGCAUCACAGAGGCAGGAGGCUCGUCUGCAGCGUAUCCGCUCCAUUGAAUCACAGAUGAUGCAGCUGACACGCCAGCAGCAGAAGAAGACUGCUGUAGAUGUGACAUUUAAAGAGGCAGGAACGUGUACUUCCUUAACAAGAACUAUGUUUGUAGUUGUUCCCGGUCAAGAAAAUGGGGGUUAUACGUCAGAUCGAAGCGUUUCCAAAGCAGCAGACGGUCACUACCGAGCAACUAUUGCCACUCAAACUCCAGAUGUGACCUUGACCCAUCCUCAACAUUGCCAGGAAACACAGUUAGGGUUUGCUGCUGGCAUACCUCUCAGUGCUGAUAUGUCUUCAGUCAUGUACCAUGGAGCAUGGCCUAUACACAAAGAAGUGGGAGUACAUGGAAGCAUUGGUGGAACUGGCGACCUGGCUAGUGUAAUGAGUUACAACUCCACCAACACCAGUAGCAGUCAGGGCUCAGUUAGUGCCAAAGCAUCACUUCAGCCACAGCAGCUUGGCACCAAGGUUGAAAUGGUAUACUCUUUGCUGUCAAUGCUGGGAACCCAUGACAAAGAUGACAUGUCACGAACAUUGUUGGCUAUGUCAUCAUCACAAGACAGUUGUAUUGCCAUGCGUCAGUCUGGCUGUCUACCCCUUCUUAUCCAACUGCUUCAUGGAAGUGAUAAAGACUCUGGCCUGCUGGGUAAUACUCGAGGCAGCUCAGCAGCACGAGCUAGAGCAUCAGCAGCACUGCACAAUAUUGUUCACUCAAACCCAGAUGACAAGCGUGGGAGACGUGAGGCGAGAACCCUUCGCCUUCUGGAACAAAUACGAGCUCACUGUGACCAGCAGAGAGGAGAGGCAGGGGAAGAUGAGGAGGAGGAGGGAGGAGCUGUGGCCAAGUCUGGGGACAUUGACCACCAUCCAGGACCAGCAAUUGCUGCUUUGAUGAAGCUGUCCUUUGAUGAAGAUUACCGUCAUGCUAUCUGUACUCUUGGAGGUCUACAGGCCAUUGCAGAGCUGCUAGAAGUGGACCACAUGGUACAUGGCAUGACCAGUGAACAGUACAGUGUAACAGUGCGGCGCUAUGCCUGCAUGGCCCUCACUAACCUCACUUUUGGUGAUGGAAAAAACAAAGCUUUGCUGUGCACCAUGCACAAAGCCAUGGAGGCUUUGGUUGCACAGCUACGCUCCCCUAAUGAAGAUCUCUGCCAGGGUGCUGCAAGUGUUCUGAGGAACCUAUCCUGGCGUGCAGAUCUGGCCAGCAAGAAGACUUUGAGGGAGGUGGGUGCUGUGACCACGCUGAUGGAAGCAGCAAUGAGUGUUAAGAAGGAGACAACACUUAAGAGCAUUCUGAGUGCAUUGUGGAACCUUUCGUCUCAUUGUUCUGAGAACAAAGCUGAAAUUUGUGCCGUUAAGGGAGCCUUAGAGUUUCUCGUGGGACUUUUGACAUUCAAAAGCCCUGGAAAAACUCAUGCUAUUGUGGAAAAUGGUGGGGGGAUUCUGCGUAAUGUGUCAAGUCAGAUAGCAGUCAGAGAAGACUAUCGUCGGAUCUUGAGACAAAAAGGAUGCCUACAAUUGCUGUUGUCACAGCUUCGUUCGACCAGCCUGACCAUUGUAAGCAAUGCUUGUGGCACUCUGUGGAAUUUGUCAGCCCGAUGUGCUGAGGAUCAACAGCUUUUGCGGGAAAUGGGUGCUGUCAGCAUGCUGCGUAACCUUGUGCAUUCCAAGCACCGCAUGAUUGCUAUGGGCAGCAGUGCAGCAUUGCGCAAUCUUCUUUCAUCGGCAGGCCCAGGCAAAGGACUUGAUUGUGACCGAGGUGCUAAUGGCAACCGCCCAACCCUUUCAGCACGAAAACAGCGUGCACUGGAAGAAGAGUUAGAUCAGAAUCUUGCAGAAACCUGUGACAAUGUGGAAAGUCCCAGAGACAGCCCAACAGACACACAGAAGUCUGAUGCAGACAGCAGACGUUUUGUCUAUCCCUUUGAUAGCUCACAGAUCAAGUCAGAUGAGGAUCCACGCCGAACAUUACACAAGAGACAGGUGAUGACACGCUGUGGCAGUAGUGAUGGAGCAGAAGGGAGAAUUCACUCACCACAGCGUGUCCCACGUGCCAGCAGUCAAGACAGUGUGAGCAGCACCCAUUCUGACAUUUCACAUGAUCGCACACGUGUUCAUAACAUGUUAGCCAAAAGCUCCCAUCUUUUACACCGCCGGCAGUGCAGCUCUCUAGAGCGCAAGAAAGACUCUGUGGGUGUUCUCCACAGAGUUAGUUCUGAUAACAGCUGUGUCACAGCUUUAGAGCGACAGAAGAAUGGGGACCACCAGCCUCGUGUUGGACAGUCUAGUCGCAUCAUGCAGUACAUGCAAGAGGUUGCCAUGCUUGCUGAUCUGGAUUCUGAUUCAAACCAGCAGUCCCAUCACCAGACAGAUCACUCUGGAAACACUUCUGGUUUCAUCCUCCAGUCACGCCCCUUUCCUAGCAUGAACAAUCCCCAAAGAGUGUUGUUAGAACAAUUUACGAAAAACACCUCUAGCAUAGGAACAGGUGGUGGUGUCACUGUCAAUCCUAUUUAUUGCAAAAAUGAAACAGGUGGUGAUUCUGAUGGCAGUGAAGAGCCAGUGAACUAUAGUCUUAAGUACCAAGAUAUUAAUCCAAACCUUUAUUCAGAACCAUCAAAUAUGAGGAACAAUAUUGUGCAGGGUAACUCCCAUGGACAUAGUGUGACCAUCGGUGCAAGAGGACCCACUGCUGACACUUCUAGGUUUCAUCACAGCAGCCAGGAAGCAGCAUCUGCUCGCAUCCCAGGUUAUACAAUGGGUAGUGUUGCCCCUACUGGCAUUGGUGGUGUAGGAAGUCGGAUGCCUUGUCAAGUUCCCAACAUGGCACACAAUCACUUCCCUACUCCACAGCCUUUCCAGCAACCUCUUCUGCAGCACCAUUCUUCCCAACCUCUUCCACAGCCUUGCUCAUACAUACCUCGCCAUCGCAAUGUAGGUGGGCAUCAGCCUAUUUCUACCCAUUUCUCAACUUAUGCUGAAACUGAUCUCGAUAGUUUUGAUGACCAGCCAACAGACUUCAGCCUGCGUUACUCUGAGGAGCACUCUGAUGACCAAGAUCAGCCUGUCAACUAUAGCAUUCGCUACCGUAACGAGCCCGAUCCACACUGUGUGGAGUGCAAGUAUGAAGAGGCCCGCCGCACCAAUGACAGGCUGGACCAGGGAGCUAAUGAUGAUCAGGUCCUGACAUUCUGUACAGAAGGAACUCCUUUCUUGUCCACUGCAACCUCUCUCAUGGACCUGACAGCCAAGCAAAAGGAGGAAGAGGAUGAUCCGAAGGAAGCAGAGAAUGAUGAGGAUGAUAACGAUGGUGGCAGGGAUGAACUGCAUAAUUUCAGCGCUCAGUAUGGUGAGUCAGAACACACUACAGAGGAUAUGCAUGAGCGGCAUCAAAGGGUUCCUGGAAGGGCUUUUUCAAGCAGCAAGCCCCAUUGCACCACUGGUGCUCACCAGCAGUCGGCUUACCACGGCGAGGAUGACAGUGUCCCGGCUGACCAAGUCAAAACAUACUGUGAGGAGGGUACCCCAGUAUGCUUCUCCAGAGUCAGCUCCCUUAGCUCCCUACACAGCAGUGAGGCCAGGGACAGUCAAGAUCAUGGGAAGCAGAUGGUGCUCCAGAGCAUUGAUGAAACGGAAAAGAAUGAUGCCAUGUCAACAUCUGUCAUAGAAAACAAGAAUGCUGCCAUUAAGACUGCACUGGUUGACAAGGACACAAGAAGAAAUCGCACUGAUGUUGAAAGGGAACCAAAAACAGUUACUUUUGAUGAAAAUCGACAGGUGGAAGAGACACCUCUUAUGUUUUCACGCUGCAGUUCACUGGGGUCAUUGAGCAGUUUUGACACUCAGUCUGUUCAUAGCUCUGUUGUAUCUGAAUACAGUCGACGAGCAAGUGAAGUUGUCUCCCCUAGUGAGUUGCCUGAUUCACCAAGUGAGACAAUGCCUCCAAGCCCCACAAGAGUUCAGUCCCCUCCUGUGAAGUCAUUUAAGCCUGUUGCAGCAGUUGGGGCUAAAGCGCCAGUGCCAGUUGAGAGCAUUGGUCCUUCUGAGAAUUGCAUUUGGCAAGCUGCCAACACCACAACACAGCUGUUGAGCAUGUUCAGAGGCAACCCUAUGCAGAAUAUAAGUAACCAAGCAGCGUCCAUAUCGGGGAAAUCAGAGGUACCUGUUGUAUAUGCAGAUGAAGGCACCCCUCCUGUGUUUUCAGAAACUUCUAGUCUCAGUGCACUGACUGUUGACUGUGGAGCCAUAUCUACCAGUCACUCUGAAAGUCACAUCCAAGGCAUUGAACCAGAUCUAUCAAAUAUUGAGGAAACAGAUUUGGCUGAUGUGACCCUGUGUGAAGCUAAAAGCCCAGGUAAAAUUAUAGAGGACAGAGAAUCUUCAAUGUCUGAAGUUUCUGAAGGAGAGGAGGAUAUUUUGGCUCAAUGCAUCAAUGCUGCCAUGCCAGUUCCCACUUCGGCCAGUAGAAAACUGCGGAAGAGCUCCUCAGACAAUACCAUCAAGAAAAAAUCUAACCUGCCUAAGCCUGAAAACACUCAACUCAAGUCACGUUUGCCUACUAAAGUUUCAUCUACAGUUGCUCCUGUGCUUAAGUCUUCCAAAUCCCCACCCAGUAAGAUAGGGAAGCUUUUAAAGCCAGGUGAAUAUGGUAAUAAAAAGCCCUCAUCUAAUGCAUGUUCCAAAGUGUCUGGCAGUAAUGUGGUAGCCAAACCUCCAAGACCAUCAAUGCCCCAAACUAAAACUCCCCAGAGCCAACAUCCCCCUGAAUCACCACUAAAUCUUCUGCCAAGAGAAGAAGACUAUGCAGCUGACACACUGAAAACCUUUGCCACUGAGGGGACACCAUUGAAUUUCUCAGCUGCUGCAUCACUCAGUGACUUGAGUAUGAUGACUGGCAGUGAACCAGUUACAGCUAUCAAAGUGAAGCCAUCUUCACAUGACGUCAAAUCAUCAGUGUCUGAUGACUCCAAGAGUGAUAACAGUUCAGGGUGUGAGGAGACUGAGCAGCAGCUUUUGACAGAAAUGAUUCAGUCAGCAAUGCCUAAAAGUAGAGCAGCUCGCAAACUGGAGCUGGAGAGAAGAGCUGAAGGAGCAGAAGCAAAGAAAACCACAGUUACUGGGGUAAAGUCUGUGCCCUCAGGUGCAGCCAGUUCUUGCAGAAGUGACAGUAGAAAGAUAAGUUCACACCUUCCUCAGGCAAGGCUUCCCACUGCUGGAAAAGUAUGUUUCAUUUCUGCUACAGCCGAUGUAGUGAAAACUUACAAUACAGAAGGAACUCCAAAUAAUUUUUCGACUGCCACAUCACUCAGUGAUCUGACCAUAGAUUCUACGGAAGAUGUUGGUGGAUCAAGUGGUACUCAGGUUUCGCACAUAAGGAGUCAGGGUAAGUCUUCACUGGGUCAUCAUUCAGCUAUUCACCUGCAGCCAGCAUAUUUCCCUCAAGAGGAUAUUCUUUUUCCAGCAGGAUCCUUGGAUUCCCCAAGGGUGUUUGGCAUGGAAGGCACACCUGUCACAUUUUCAAGAAAUGACUCUUUGAGUUCUUUGGGCAUUGUUGAUGAUGAAGACCGUACAUCAUUGAAACAUGUUUCUAAUAGUCGAGCUUAUCUAACUCAGGAGUCAGAAUCACUCUUGCAUGAAAUAGAGCGUCAUGUGAUUGGUCAAUCUAGUGAAGAAAGCAGCAUUAUUUCUGAAAAGCAUCCUCCAUCACGGGGAGCAUGCAAAGAUGAGAUGAAGAAAUUUGCUGUGGAAGACACUCCCAUAUCUUUCUCCCGAAACUCAUCACUUAGCUCACUUGCUAGUGGAGGUCGUGCACGUGAACCCCAGCCAGAAGAUGAGCCGGCCAUCUCUCGAACAAGCUCCUGUAGCUCUCUUAGUACAGAGUCUGCAAACUUUGACCCUACUCCAUCUGAACAGGCGCUUCUUGACCAGUGUAUCAGUGCAGCCAUGCCCAAGCGCCGCCCUUCUCGAGGAGAUGACAAGUUUCGAAGGCAUGCCCGCUCUGUAAAAGCUGAGACUGGAAAAUGUGAACCAAGAGAAGUGCAGGAAGGAGGAGCAUUCAAAAGCUCGGCAUUAGAAGUUUGUGUGGAGUUUGACAAUCAGAGUAUCGGUGAGGCUGCUGUGACCACUGCUCCUAGUACCAGUGAAGGUCUUGCAGAAAGGAAAAGACUCAUGACCAGAAGCUGUUCAGAUGCUAUUGAUGUGGAAGCAGAUGUUUUGGGAAGAGAAUCUCGCUUCAGUAGCUGGCGCAGGCAUCGACAGCUGUCCUCAGAUGAAAUGAAUUGUCAAGGGAGCAAAUUGCCUUGGAUUAGGUCACGAUCCCAGGACAGUGAAAACUUUCUGAAGACUCAGAAAAACAUCAGCAACAGAAUCACACAGUCAUCUAGUGAUCAUGCUAGUAGUAGUAGCAGCAGCAUAUCCAAUUCCAGGACAAUUCAGUGCUUUCUUGGUUUUGCUGAGGAAUCAUGCACAACAUCUGUUAUUGAGGUUGAUGCAUCCAAUUCAGACAAUCGGCUGUUAGAGCAAGCAGAGAGACAAAGGGGAGGUAGGGACAGGCAAGCAGGACCCAUCCAGUCUCUUGUUGCUAGUAUCACAGACUCCACCAGCUCACAAGAGAAAGCAGAUAGCGAAAAAUCAAUCGAUGAUCAGAACGCAUCUGCUGAAAGUGGAGAACACGAUGAGAAGGAAAGUGAAGAGUUUGAGGAGGAAAACGAGGAGCAAGACGGGGAUCAAGAUCAGACUGUCUUGGAGGUCACUGUUGCAAAUGGGCAUUUUGAUGACACCAGAGGAGAUGAAGAUGAAAAUGCAGCAAAUGAUACAGAACUUGAUGAGGGUAGUACUGCUAAUACAAGCAGUGAAGUAAUUCAUUACGAAGAUGGUCUGGAAGAGAAGCUGUGCUUUGGCAGUGAGCACACCUCAUUUGAUAAUGAAGAUAAUAUUGGUGACAGUAGUCACACAUCAUUUGAACAGGAAAUCUCCCCUGAAGAUGAAAGACUUCUUCAGGAGAAUGCUAGUCUUAUAGUCACAGAAAUAGUCACAAAACGGGAUAUGACAGGAAGUGGCUUUGAAGAUGACAUGUUUAUUGAAAAUGAAACAAUAUCUUUGGUCUCAAAUGACUACACUUCUGACACUGCAUCGGAAGUGUCAAUUUCCUGGUCAACCACAUCAGAGAAAGUGAGUGAGCGCUCCUGUUCCACUGUCUCACAAGCAGAUACAGCAGGCUCUUCAGGCCCAAAGAUAGUCAAACCUUCAGGAAAGGUGGCACCCAAAACUGGAGUAGUAGAUGACGGCAAAGUGGUGAGAGGCCGCAGAAAGCCUCUUUACAGCAAUAGGUCUUCUACAUCAUCCAUAAAAUCUGAUGUUUCCUCAACAAAAACUAGCAGCUCAAUACCUUCCAAGUCACCUCGACCAUCAAAUGCAGGUGUUGUAAACUCAAAAAUGCCUCAGGUUGGUGGACGUGGAAAUCCUAUUCCAAAGAAAAGCUCACCAAAAUUGCAGAAUGGACCUGGACAAGCAAAAUCCAAUAUUCCGGGGCUAAAACCAGCUGGUCAGGGAAUUCAGAAGCCAAGCUCUACUGCUGCAGCUGUCGCCACCAGUAAGGUUGGAAUGGUCAAGUCUAACUUACUCAAAACCUCUCCUCCAGCUACUGCAAGACCAGGCUCAGGAAUUCCAAGAUCACCAGCAAGAGGAGGAAACACUCCUCCAUCCAGAUUGCCUUCAGCUACAUCAGCUGUCAGUCGAAGAAAAGACAGUUCAACAGAACGUCCUAAACCUCCUUUGAAGCAAGCUACGUUCAUUAAAGAUGCUGGUCCUGCUGUGAAGGAUGGGAGGGUUGCUGGGGACAAUAGUACCAGCAACGUGCCCAUCCGCAACAGAAGUACCAGCAGGGGACGGUGUCAGUCUGAUAAAAGGAAUUCCGGUGGAUCAGAAGGCUCAUCAAACCAAAAUGGGAACAUACCGGAUUCCUGGAGCAAGGCUCUUGAUUCGUUCAAUUUUAUUGUGGAGAAGACUCCAGAGAAUGGCUAUGGCACGCCCUUCAAACAAAUGCAGCGCAAUGCAAAAGAUACCAUGUUAUCUGUGAAGCAGGCCUCAUCAUCAAAUGGUAAGCAGCAGAGGCCAUCAAAUAUAGCACGACCGCAGCCUGUUGGCACACCAUCUAAAUCUGGAGUCUCUCCUGGUAAAUCAUCAGCUUCUGCCCCUGUAGGAGGGAAGACUAGCACCAGUGGCCCUUCUCCAGGAAAUAAGGGCAAUAAUCCAAUCAAGAGUAACCUUAAUAAGUCAGGCAGUGCUUCUAGCCUACGCAAGGCUGGCAGUGGCUCAAGUCUUACAAAGACAAGCAGCGGCAGCUCUCUUAGCAAGGGAGCGUCCAACACCAGUCUUCGCAAAAUGAGUACAGGGGCUGCAGCAAGCAAGACAGAGCUGAAAAAGUCUGACAGCAGUGCCAGUCUCAGACGAAGCAGUGACAUUUCUAGGCCUUCAACACCUAUAGGCAGGCAGCAGCAACAACAGCUACCACAUGCUCAGCAACACCAACAGCCCUCCAAUCCCAGUGUCAAAAAGAUUGAAGAUUCCAAACAGUCUCAGUCACAACCACAGCAACAAUCACAACCAUCAACCAGCAGACGGCAAGUGCCAAGCAAGAUUGCAACAUUGUGGAGAAAAGAAGACUCACGAGACCAGUCUCCUUCGAGAGAAGAGAACUUGCCAGUCAUGACUACUUUCAAGGCCAAGGCCAGCACUUUACCCAUGAUGGGUACCAAGAACAAAAGCAACUCACGGACAUUUGUGAGAAAAAGCUCUUCAGGACAUUCCAACUCAUCAGGUGAAGAUUAUAACAGCAGCAUGGAAGGCAUUCCUCGAUCGUCCACUUACGACAAGAUUCCUGCUCAUAUGGAUUCUGGUUCACAGUCUUCCGAUGAGCAGAUGCAUUCUGGAGAGUUCCCUGUUUCCUCGGGGAGUGGUACCAUGUUUGAACUUUGUGAUCCAACCAAUGAAUAUGCAGAAUGGACAGAGACCCAUCAUGGAUGUGAUCCAAAUCUAGAUGAAGCUUACAUUCAAGAUGAUUCCAUGAUGACCAGUGAUGCUGGCACUGAUGAUGCCAUGAUGGGUUGUUCAGUGGAUUCCUUAGAAGAUAUGUCACCACAAAAUGAAGAGCAAGGUCUUAUAGUACCACCCAAUGUCAUUGACAGCAGCACCUGGAAGAGAAAAGAACGUCCUUCCAAAGAGAUCAAUGUCAGCCUUCAGUUGCCUAAUGCAGAUGAGACCUGUAAGUCUAUGUGUUCAUUUAUGAGCAUGAAUGAGAGCCAAAAUGAGUCCUUUGCAAGGCUGCAGGACAGUAGUGUAUGGCAACGUCAUAAUGAUAGUAUUGUCCCUGAUAAGAGUUUGACAAUUGAUGCUUCCAUUGAUGGUAAGAAAUCAAAAAAUAAAAAGUCUGUUGCUAAGAGUAUAAAAACUACAUUGUUUGGCAAAUCAGGACUCAAGUUCUUUAGAUCCAACCAGUCCAAAGAGCAAGCCAAGCUUAAAGAGUUGAAUGAGAAAGUUCAGAACAAAAAAGCAGCAGAAAUAUCAAGGCCUCAGACAGUAUCUACAGGAACCACAACCUUGGCCAAAAGCAUAUCAGUUCCAUUAAGUAAGCCCAGUCCAGCUGCAGUUGUUGCCCCUUUUAAUUAUAGCCCACCCUCUAGCUCCCAGGUCACCGUCAUGCCACCACCUAUGCAUGCUGGAACAGUGGCCACAACUAACAUUCAGGUUAUCAUCCGAGAUUCCUCUUCUUUGAGUGUAGAUGUCAGUAGCACUGGUGAUGCAGCAAUCCAUAAGAAGGGAACACAGCCAGCAAUCAAGCACAUGACUAAAACAGAAAUGCUUUUGGCACGGCGCCGUCAGUCCUACCUCAACAACCCCAAACAGGAAGAAGAAGGGGUCAGCGAGGAAGACACCAGUAAGCGUGGUUGCAUGGUAACCACAGUGUGACCAUCAUGGCCAUUACAAUGAGAUGAGUAACUUCGUGUUCAUCGAUUAUUGAUAUACAGAAACAUUUUGGAACAAAGAAAUGCAUUUGUUGUGCAAGGUUUUAUAUUUUAAACUGCUUGAACUCCUCUAUUUUUCACAACCACAUUUUUUGGGAAUGUUUUAAAGAAUAAUAACUAUUACUAGCCUGUUCAUAUUUGAAUUAUUUUAAAUGCUGGAAGACUGCAGGACUGUAUCAAGAAGUUAUAAUUAUGAUAAAAGCAUCUGUGGUUGACUUGAAAUGUAAACUGACUCCUGAAAGAUUAUUGAAAGAGAAGAAACCUGCAAUUUGCAAAAAUUCUUAUUGACAAGAAGUAUAUUGACAGGUGUGCUUUUCUUUGUGCGGUUGAUUGUAAAAUUGUUUUAUGAAAUUAAAAUUUGCCAAAAGCGGCUUAAAAAGGCAGAAGACUUGAAGAAAUGAGGCAUGGGAAGCUUUGGCUGACGACGAUUGCUUACUUUGGAUGAUGAUUUUGUUGUUCAUUUACCUUGGAGAGUCUGGCAUUUGACUACUGUGCUUUUGCAAAUAAAUUAUUCUGUGUUUGUGCCAAACUUUUAAGUUUUUUUUUACUGAUCAAUUUAUUUUGCUUUUUGAAAUGGUUAUGCCUUUUUCCCUCAUUUUUUUAAAAAAGUUAAAGCAUGAAUCAUUGAUCUUUUUUGAUCAUUAGAUAAAACUGUGGAACAUGUGGAGUAAGAAUCCAUUGUUCUUUAAAUGCAUUGACAAAGCAUCCUCCAAAACAAGAGGUAUCUUUGACAUCAUGAUACUAGUAACAGUUGCUAUGAUAUAUUGUACAUUAUGAAAAGAAAGAUGAGAAACCAGCAUUUUGGACCUACUGACCCUGUUUUGUGUGCAUGUAACCACAGACUAUUCUUUAUUACUUUAGUCUGUUAAAAAUGUUUUGGAGCAUAAAAACACCUUUUUUAAAAAUAAAAAAAUAUUGUAAUUACCUACAAAGUGCUGUCACACAUGCGGAAUUUCUUUUGGUGAUAAAAUCCACAAAAAUGAAGAUUUCAAGUGGUUGGUUGAGUCUGUAGACUACAUUUCUCCUCUAACCCCAAGCUUCAUAUUAACUAAGCAGUUGUGAGCCACAUGUUGUGAAUUAUUUAUAAAUAUGUGUACUUAGUGCAAUCCAGAUGCUGUGGUUGAAUAGAUAACCCUAUUGCUGUUUUUGAAUGUGUUCAUUUUUCCUGGACCAGCCAACUUUAAUGGUGGUGAAUGUCCACACAUGAGAACACUUACCUUUGUAUACAAAUUACAGGUACAUGGUUUAUGUGUGGAGAUGCUCAGUAAUCUCAGUAGCUCAUCCAAAAUUAUUUCAGAUGUGUUGCAAGCUGCAAGCUUUAGAAGUUUUGCUGAGAUAGCAGGAUUGUCCGGAUAGGUUUUGAGACAUUGAAAGAUAAUGUUGAUGCAAGCACUAGUGUGUGAUACACUUGAACAAUAUUGCAGUAUGCAGCAUGUUAUCUGCAUGUAGGCAUAUACAUUAUUAACCAUUAAUAGCUUAUUAGAUAUGUGUCAAUAUAAAAUUAUGAAUACACAAAACUUUGAAAAAUUUUAAAGUACAGCUUUCAAUUGCUAUCUUUAAACAAAGUAACUCUAAAUCUUUGCUUAUCGAUGGUUAUAUGACUGUGUCUCAGCAUGUAUUUGCUUAAUGUUACAAAGUUAUGGGUAGUUUUUAAAAUGAUCUUAAUUGUAAACAAUCUCUGGUAAGAAUCAUUGUUUUGUUGCACAUUAGUGUACAGUUAUUCUAUUUGAUUUUAAAAAUAAACAAGCAGAUAGAAAGGGCAUUCAAUGAGAUUAUUGGGGCAAAAUGUGGUCAAGUGUUAAAUAUCACUUUUUUAAAAACUUUGGAUUUAUAAUGUUAGGCUAUUUCUGUGGACUGGUGCUAUAGAAUGUGUGAAGCUGCAUCUUAUGUCAAUUAAAGUGAAUAAUUGUAUGCAAACACUCAGUUCUUGAGCUUUACAUUAAAUAGCCUCUAGUAAAAAUAGUGGAUGUAGACAAAGAUGAAAACAGACAAACUUGAAGGGAAAUCCAUGAAUAUCAAUAUCUUUCUGAUGAGUUGUUCCUAAACAACUACAAAAUAAUUUUGGAAGAUAUUUCUGGCCCUGCAGAUGGUAAUUAUCACUUUGACUAGUACAAAAAAAAAAUCUUCAGGAUUUUCAUCACCACACCUGGUUAUAAUCUGGUUUUGUUUGUGUAAUGCUUUGCAGAAAAAUGUAUUUGGAAACUCCAUUGGAUACACCUAAUUUCAGUUUACUAUAAAGUGGUGUGUCUGGGGAUUCAGGUGGGUCAAGCUGAUUUUUUUUUUCAUGUUAUGAACUUCAUAAUUUGUUUUGUUUACUAAUGACUUAAUAUUUAUUUAUUGAUUUUUUUUCAGAUGAAUGAAUUUUAUUCAAACAAGGGUAGUAGUUUCGUGAAAAGUUAGCCCAUGUAUGAUUUGUGUAGUGGUUUAACAAAAAUCAUUUGAAACACAACAGUUGAAUAAAAACUUAAGAGUUGUAGUGUGGUAUGCCAUGUAUGUUGGAGGGGGUGGGGGAAGAGUAAUAUUUAAAGUUGUUAAAUGAAAGCAUCAUUUUCACACCUAAAGUAUUUAGUUGAGAAUUUUUUUUUAGCUUAGUACAUGUGGCUCCUGUGUUUAGCUCCCCCGUAUUUUUUUUUUUUUUUUUUGCAAAAGCUUUUAAGAAUAGGGCAUGUGCUACAUGUGAUGAGAUAUUUUUUGUUAACCAAGGGAAAAAACUUUCUUAGAAGAACUGAGUUUGUAAAGAAUUUAUUGAAAAAAAAGAGGAGAGAGGAGCUGGAAAAUGCACUGGUUACUUGUGUGCUUACACUAGUGGAUGUAAACUAUUGGUAAUGGUAGUUCUUAUUUAUUCUAAGGGGUUCAUUCAUACAUGAGUAUGCUUCAUCAUAUAUUUACUAUGUUGUUCAUAUGUCACACAACUGCAUUUUUUAUUCACUGAAUGGAAAUGUUGAACGAUGUUUUUCCUAACUUUGUUCUUUAAAAGACUACUAUCUAGUCAUGUGCAUUUAUUGUAUAUUUUGUGGUUGUGACUUCCACUAAUUUGGCCUGGAGACUUUAAAAAUCCUCACAAAUUUCAUUUGGCUUAAUGAUGAUAAACUCUAUUAUGCUGAUAAGUAUUUAAGAGAAUUGUCUUUGUUGCCCAGUUACUGAGUUGUGAGACCAUGUGAUGAGUGGCAGGGGUUUUAAUGCAUUGAUUAGUUCUAACAGCAUACAUCGCAAACAGAACCAGGCAAAGAUAGGAGUUCUCCUCCCCUCCCACCACCCCACCACCAUUUUGCUGUAUGAUACUUCUUCACAAAUGUCUUUUUUUGGGGCUGUAUUGUGAGAUUACUUGCAAAUGUACAGCAGAAUAUGACUUAGUGACUGAAAGAUGUUUCUGUUUUAUUUGUGUACAUGCCAACAGCUGUGUAUCAACUUAUUGAUGUUGCUUUUGUCUUGGCGAGUAAAAAUCUUUACUAAAAAAAAAAAAGGAUGCAUUUAAGACAACUUCACCUGUGAAAGCUAUUAUAAUUUCAUGCUUGUCAGUAAAUGCAGCAUAAGUAAUUAAAAAUGUAGCAGUACUCAUCAGUCAUUUGACUAUUAAAUUUAUUAAAUGAAGGCAUUAAAACAUCAUAAAUGUGGCAAUAAAAAAAUUUCACACAUCCAGAUGUAUGUACGCUCAUACACACUUGUUUAUACAUACUCUGUUGAGUCAAAUAGGAUAGUGUUUGCCAAAACUGGUUAGCAGAGUGUCCUGGCAACCAGAUCACUGAAGAGGUAUGGGGACCUAAAUAUGCAUGCUGCUUUUCUCGUGGUUUCUUCUUGCAUAAAGAACACAAAUCUCUGCUUUACCAAGAUGAUCUUUGAAUUAAUGUUUACAAAGGUAGUAAGUUUUAAUGAGAGUUUAUUGAGGCAGCAAAUGAAGGGCAAGACAUUGUAAGAAAAACUGACAGAGCUGCACAAAGAUUGGAAAUGAUGAAAGUUAUGCAGUCGUUUAUUUUUGGAACGUGGCUUGGGCAACAUCUUUCCCUUUGUGCUGCUAUGUGUUUUACAUUUUCAUGUAUGCGUAAAGUCAGUAAGGGAAGGGGACUUGGCGCUUGUGAAUAGGCAUUCUCAGUACAUAGCAGAUCAGAGACAUUAUUUUUUUGUAGCACUGGAGCAAUCAAUGAAUUGCAUACUUUGGCAGUGCUGACGGACAUGUGUUUGAUAAGUUCUGCUUUCAGAUUCUUGUAGAUAAAAGGCUGGCACAUCAUGAAGAGAUUUGCAUGAUGCAAACCAAGUAUUACUGGUUCUUUUCUCACCAUUCAUUUGUUCAAAACUCUCUCAAGGGGACAUAAUGAAUUUUUUUACCUUCUCUUUAAUUCAAAGAGCUUGUAGCAAUUUGGGUUCUUAUGCCUAUCAUCAGCACCUUAUUAUUUGAUGUAAUCUGUUCAGCUUCAUCAUAUGGUAUUGUUUUGACCUUUCUUUUGUGUGUACAAUGUUUUUUACUUUUACUUAGAAAUGCAGAAUAGAUGUGCAAUCUUGCCACUGUAUUUGUGGUCUGCAAUGGAGAUAUGCGUACAUUGUUGCAUUAACACAAUACAUAUUUUUUUACUUAUUUUGACCAAUAGGAGAACCAUGUAGACAGUCAUAAGCAUUCAUAUUCAUCAGCAUUGGAACCUACUGAGGAUGAUGGUUUUAACUUUAGUUACAGCCAUGACUCAAAAUAACCCACUUCUGAUUUCUACCAGGUGCUCCCCUUUGCAGCAGUAAACCACACCAUUAGAUUCCAAAUAAAAACUUGCAAUUCCUUAUGCUCAUUAGCUCCCAAGAGCCAGACAAAGUUGUGAAGAUGUGUGUAAGGUCUGUGUGUUGUCACUGUGCUUUGCUGGGUGUGUUUGAUGCUGAUGUUAAAGGAAGAAUGUCGCUGUAUACUAGACUAAAGAGAAGGGCAGAGUGCUUGUUAACUCCUAAUUUGUUGUGAUUUUUGUGGGACAUGGAAACAGUAGGCAACAUAGGGCAUGAGGGAACUAGACAUUGUGCUCCUUAACAGUUUUCGUACAGAUUUAAGCCGUUGAUUCCUGUGACUGGUACUUUUCAUUUUUCAUCGUUAUAUUUCGCUGUUAUGAAAAAUGAAAAGUUUCUCAGAUUACAGAUGCUGCUUUGGCUGUCAUUUGCAAGGAUGUCAGGGUUUGCUUAAGACCUCCCAAAAAAACUAUAUUGUAAUUUUUUUCCUCAGUGUAGCCUUGGAAGCAGUGCUUUUUUUGAAAAAAAAAAUGUAAUUGCCGUGCAACUAGGUAUUAAGCAACAGAUUAGUAUGUGCUGCUUAAUUUUUAUUACUGUUUUAUGCUACUGGAAAUACUAUUUAAGUGGUCAGACAUAAUGGUGCCUUGACAUCUGCAAGAAGCAGAGUCGAGUAGAUUCACCGUAAAAUUUUGGUCAUUGUUUUGAUAACACUUCUUUUGUGGCUGUUUUGAGCUGAGCUUGUGAUCAUUUUUGAUGUAUGUUUUGUGAAUUUUGGUUUUCCUUGCAGCUUUUAUAUCCAGUGUACAUGGCAAGUUACCAUCAUGUAAUGUUGAUGAUGAAGGUUUAAAUAUAAAAUCAAAAAUGCA